GCUCAGCGUCUCCACAUGUGUUUCAGUCACUCCGCACCACAGACAGUAAAGCGCAGCUCCUCAUGACUGCAAUUACAGCAAUUACUAAAGAUAACAACAAUAAUGAUGAUGAAGGAAAACUGACGAGAGACAGAAAGAGUCUCAAUGGAGCCCUGCUAGAGAGCAUUGGUGCAUUGGAAGAUCUACACCUCAGUGUCUCCCUGUGAAAAAUUCAUCUCAUUUAGACUAUUUUUACCCAAGAAACAGAGCUCGGCGUUCCAUCAUGUACCAUCCGACCCCUCUGCUGUCCCGCGGCCGCACGUUCGGCUGGUCGUCCUCCAGCUCCAGCAUCAAACUGAAGCAAAAUGGUCAUGAAUUCCCAAACCAGAGCUCAUUUCACAGCCUGGAGGAGGCAGCAGUGUCCAGCGCGUCCCGCUCUCCUGUUUCACUGGAACUGGAGCCUGUAGUGAAUAAUGGAUCAAGCGCACCCGUCGCUCCAGGUGGCCACACAAAAGAGCCACCGGCCCACAGCCAGCGCCGCCAGCCCGUCUCCAUCCACAGCGGGCCCGGAGAGACGCUAGCCGCCGCUGCACGCUUCACGCACAGCCCUUACCACGCCAAGACUAGCAUGCAGGGCGAUGUGUACAACUUCCUAGAGAGACCCGCCGGCCUGAGGUGCUUCCUGUAUCACUUCCUCGUGUUCCUGAUGGUCCUGGUGUGUCUGAUCUUCAGUGUGUUGUCCACCAUUGAACAGUAUGCAGACUUCGCCACAGGAUCUCUGUUCUGGAUGGAGAUUGUGCUGGUGGUGUUUUUCGGGACUGAGUAUGUGGUGCGGCUCUGGUCUGCAGGCUGCCGGAGCAAAUAUGUGGGCAUUAAAGGCCGUCUGCGCUUCAUCAGGAAACCCAUCUCCAUUAUAGAUCUAAUCGUGGUCGUGGCAUCUGUUGUUGUUCUCAGCGUCGGCUCUAAUGGACAAGUGUUUGCCACGUCUGCAAUCAGAGGGAUCCGCUUCCUCCAGAUCUUGCGGAUGCUGCAUGUGGAUCGGCAGGGAGGAACGUGGAGGCUUCUGGGAUCAGUGGUUUUUAUCCAUCGGCAGGAGCUGAUCACCACACUGUACAUCGGGUUCCUGGGUCUGAUCUUCUCAUCGUAUUUUGUGUAUUUGGCUGAAAAAGAUGCAGUAGAUGAAGAAGGGAAGACAGGUUUCUCCAGCUAUGCUGAUGCUCUGUGGUGGGGCGUGGUUACUGUGACCACGAUCGGCUACGGAGACAAAGUCCCUCAGACGUGGAUCGGGAAGGCCAUCGCCUCCUGUUUCAGCGUGUUUGCCAUCUCCUUCUUCGCUCUGCCUGCGGGCAUUCUGGGGUCUGGUUUUGCUCUUAAAGUCCAGCAGAAACAGAGGCAAAAGCAUUUUAACCGUCAGAUUCCAGCCGCGGCCUCUCUAAUACAGACGCUGUGGAGAUGCUACGCUUGCGAAAAGUCAGACAGCUGUACGGCUACGUGGAAGAUGUACGUGCUGACGGGCGACUAUAUUCCCAUUAUAAACUCUGAAAACUCCAGUCCGGGAAACUUCAGACGACUGAGUAAACGCUACAAACGCAAACCCAAAUCCCUGCGCGACAACGGCUCCCUGGGUCCUGCUGGAGAACGGGCUCUGUCCAUCCCGCAGAUCACCUACGACCACAUCGAGGAUAAAGACGCUGUGUUUACAGACGACUCUACAGGAAUUGCAAAACUUUUCCGCUCUUCAGACCGUCAGCGAUCAUGGUCCGCUUUCACUCUCAGCUGUCCUUCUUCUCCAGUGAAGAAAAAGCUGGACGGGCCGGACAUCUCUCGAAACAACAGUCUGGUGGAUGAGCUGGACUUCACCACUGAGGACAUUCCUCUGCCUGUGGUUACAGACGCCUCACA